GUAAGUCACUGUCGAUGUGAGGAGCUGCACUUUCUCUGCCUGCGUACUUAUAAAGCUCCCUGGCCCGUAAUCAACCUCGCUUAUUUCUUGGAAAAGUCACGUCGGACAGAGAGCUAACACUGCACUUUUCAACCAUGGCGACAAGCAAAGGACAUAACAACGCCAACGGAAUUAUCUCCGCAAUUGUGUUAGUUUUCGGGAUCAUUCUCAGCGUUGUGCUGAGUGUGUUGCUGAAAAGGGCGGAGAAGAUCAUCAACAAAGAGAUGAGCAACAGCGACAGCAACUUUGGAAACCAGUUCCAUAGUAGCAGCUUGGACAACACCUACAGCGGUCACAACACCAACAGCUAUGGCGAUGCGCCCAUAUGGGCCCUUGGAUUUGCUUACAUCGUCCCUGGCCUGAUUGGCCUCAUCUCGGCCUUCACCAAGCAGAAGGGAGUGUACAUCACACACAUGGUGUUCAGCAUCAUCUCCCUUCUCGUCAUGGGCAUCUUCUUCAUCGUUGGAAUCCUGGCCAUGGCAGGACUGGCCGUCUCUCACCCCAGCCAGUGUACCCCGAUAGGAGACAAGUGUGUGUGCACAACCAGUGACUUCACUACCCCAACGCCCAUUGACAUGUCCUGUGACGACAUCAACGCCAUCUACGCCAUGGCUAUUGUCCUCGUCCUCGUCCUGGUCUUCGCUUGGAUCCUGACCCUUGUCUGCACCAUCCUGUCAGGCAUCCUCGCCUGCAGACAUGAGCCCGUGGGAGGAGUUAUCAUCCAGAGAAUCCCCGCGACGACCACCGUGAUCCACAGCCACCAGAUGGCGGGGGCGAACUACGCCCAUGUUCAGCAGUACCAGCCCCCCUCGACUCACGACAACGCCAAGCUGGUGACCAACGUGGAGUACUAGACAUGGUGCUGACGGUUUUCUGCAGUCACAGAAAGACACCGUGCAGCAUUUAUAAUAACCAUACCGUUUUGCUUUUUAAUACUGUUUCAUGUUUCAUCGGUAAGGGUUAUUCAAGAGAUCUGAUGUAAGGCACAUGUCAGUCAUUUCGCCUAGUAGCUGACAAACGCCCCCAGGCCAUCGUCGUCAUCGCUGUAUUCCAAUUAAAAAGCCAAGGGAAAGGCUAAAAAAUCCUAAAUCAUUGUGAACAGUUCUUAAGAUUUGACCAGUGACUUUUAUAUUUUGACGUGAAAUGUUUCUCCUGUGUAACAGAAUUAUACCUUUAGUGUUCCGUUAUUUUCUUGUAAACAAAAGUAAGUAUAGUUUGUAUUUGCUUUUCAGCAUAAUAGACACACACCAAUAGGUAUCUUAGUGUUUCUUUCAGAUGGAUAUUUACAAAAGAAUUACUUUUAGCGUUGGUUUUACUCUUGAUUUCUAAGUUUACUUUUUAAAGUAUUUAUGUGGAUAUUAGUUUCUUUACUCACGAGCUUUUGUAUCUGCAGCCUUUGAAUCCUUUGUCCUGACUGCCCUAAAAGCGGCGUAAAACCAUACUCACUCACUACAACUCACAUCCUGGCCAGGUUAUGUGGAAAUCAUGGACGGCCAUCAGUCAUGAAAACUCCCAACAUGCCUUGUCUGUGCAAUAAUACCGAAUGCGGCCUUAACAACGAACUGUACGUUUCUACGCUGAUCUAUUGUCAUUAACUCAUAAAGCUGGAAUAUUGCUGAGUGCGGCCUUACAAACAGUAACACAAAUAUCAUACAAGACAUAAGCCAUGUUAGUUAAUGGGAACUGAAAGCAUCACUUUGGCACUAUGUGGCCCUUACGAAGCUUUGUUUGUUUGGGACAAAGUAUAAAUCAAUAUCUGUAUCUGGGCGGUCGGGUAGCCUGGUGUCGGGUUAGAUUCCCGACAUGGGUACAAUGUGUGAAGCCCAUUUCUGGUGUACCCCGCUGUGAUGUUGUUGGAAUAUUGCUAAAAGCAGUGUAAAACCAAAACUCACUCACUCACUCAAUAUUUGUAUCUAUCCUUGGAUUUAGAGUUAUUUUACGAAUAGCUUUGUCAGCAUUUCCGUCUCUGUUGCUAGUUUGCCUGUAGACACUGUCUAAAUCUGCCUAAAAUUACGCUCUUACUGACUUAGUCCUAAGCUAGGGACUAGCUAGUUCAUAGGUUUUGUGUUUACAUGCAGGGUGACCCGGUUUGAUAGUAAUGUAAUAAUUGGCCAUUACUGUUUCUUGACACUCUCCAUCUCCGCCACCAAUACAGUUGGGCGUGUAACCCCACGGCCGUUUUAAUGAAGGCAGUUUUCACGUGUUAUCAGGCAUUAUCACGCUGAAAUGUACACGUGCUCUCGCCACAGCCUAUGGACUUGUUUUUUCUGGCCUUUUAAUUUUUUAUGUUCUGGGAUAAAAAUUUCCUUCUAUUGCUUGCUUUGUUGAAUGUUUUUAGAAAAAAAUAAAAUGUAUUUCUAAA